CUUCUAGUUCUAACCAUAAAAAUAUGUACUCUUGUAUCGUAUGUACUCGGUUCAGCCAGUGUAGUUGAUUUGCUGUCAGCUGAUACAGUAAAAACCGUGUUGCACAUGCACGGUUUUUAUGCCGUUUUUUAUUUCGGUUUCGGUUGGUAUGAAAUUCCUUCCAGAUCAGAGUAGUUCUCAAGCCAGGCUAAGCCUACAACGAUCAUUUCCAUGGAUGACUCCGCGAUCCAAAAUGUGCAGAAGGCGCUGCACUUUAAGCGUUCUCGCUCGUACGGUGAUUUUUCCACGUUUGAUCCUGCUUUUGACGAUGUGAUGAGAAAAGCUGUGGAGAAGAGCGCGUAUGCCAAGCCUUUCAAGCGCCUCAUACGACGGUUGGCACUCGUGUCGUUUGCCCGUAUCUUGCUAAUAUGGAUAGUCCUUGCUGCUGAAUAUAUGCACGCCCAACCAGGGGAUAAGCGUGAAAACCAGGAACGCGAACACCAAGAGCAGUCAAGCCAACGUCCAUUCCUCCUGGAGUAUCUCCCUACCGCUAUAACCGCAUGGACUACCUUCGCUUGUGCCGGUUUUGGCAAUGCUGGCUUGCUCUGGUACAAUGCGCGCAAGAUGCGCGGAAAGUGGUUUCUGUCAGCGGCAAAGAUUGAGAACAACAUGUCCAUGUCUGUCGGUUGGUGGGAAAGCGAAAGCCUGCUAUGGAACCUGGGCUUGAACUUACUGUUAGCCAUGCUGGCCACGGUCAGCAUGGUGACGGUUGUGGGGAUUGUCGAGUUACAUUUUCCUGGAUUGUUCAUCUCGCUCUGGUGGCAUGUCGUCCAUGUCCUGUGGCAUCAUUACACUGUGCAUGUACCGCCCCGGUACGAAUUGCUGUUGGCUAUGCUCCCGUGUGGCGGUUUCGAGGUGAUCAAGCUGAUUACCGUUUGGCAGUGUCGUCGAGCCAUGCUGCGGUUUCAAAAAAUUUGCGCCGCAGACGCGCCCAAGGAAAACGCCUUUGACUGGUCGAUCAUUGUGGAGGGAUUGUACUAUAGUGUCCUGGCUGUUGUCCAUUGGUUGGUCAUUUGGGUGGGGCAUGCCCUUGUUCUGUUGCGCCGAAAACCAUUCACGCAUUCAUUCAUUCAUUUAUUCAUGUAUCAGAAGCGGACGACCCGGUAAACUGGUCUUCGGUAUGUGAGACUUCUGUUAACGACGAAAGAACACCAGCUCGAACAUUCCCAAUUUGUUACGAUACCUGGUACCGAUCCGACUGUCCGCGUCUUUACACUAUUCUUCAAACUAAUUUCUUGGCCUUCUCAUCUAAUGUUUUUCUGCUUCAUGCAUAAUUGUCUGCAAUGUGAAUUUCGUAGUUAUAUUUUGUAGUUACGCGCGAUGGAUGUUGUAGAAGUCUUUCCCGAAAAUACAUACGAUAGUUUUCCGUACCGCAAGCGGUACAGUUAUUAGACUCAUUUAAACAACUUACUGAACAGCACUCAGUGGGCACCGGCUUAGUCUAGUUAGUUUGUGUUUUCGUUUCUGUGUUCUGGUGGACUGAGAAAACAAACGGUGGCACCGA